AUGGCCCCAGAAGUCGCGCACCAGGCUCUUAAUGCCAUUUUCCAGGGUUCUCAGCACGAUGAGGACGGCGUUUCCGUUCAUAAAUUUCUCGGUAUCAAAUAUGCCAGUGUUCCGGCGCGCUUUGAGAGGGCUGUGCCGGUAGCAAACUUUGCUGGGGCCGUUGUUGAUGCUACGAAAUACGGUCCGAGGUGUCCUCAGGUGGACAUCGAUGUGCGGCAUCUACUGCGGAUUCCCGAGGACUUUACCAUCGCCCCAGAGGCGGAGGAUGAAUUUGAAUGUUUGAAUCUCGAGAUCACUUGCCCUCCAGCAUCCUCGGGUUGUCUGCCUUUGCCGGUGCUAGUCUGGAUUCAUGGUGGCUCUCAGGUUGUCACGUUCUGCUCUGCGGCAUCCAAGAUUUGCAAUCCGACGAAGAUUGUGGCCGACUCUAUUAGAGCAGGAAAGCCGAUUGUGUUUGUGUCUAUCAACUAUCGACUCAAUAUCUUCGGCUUUGGCGACGGCAAGGAGAAGAACCUUGGUCUGAAGGAUCAGCGGCUUGGUAUUGACUGGGUGCGCAAGAAUAUUGCAUCCUUCGGCGGUGACUCGGACAAUAUCACUCUCUCGGGGGAGAGUGCUGGUGCUGUCUAUACUCAUGCGCAUCUUAUCACCGGUCCACCGGUCAAGAGAGCCGCCUUAGCAUCGGGUACUUUAUAUUUGUCAUCGCCGCUGCCUCUGGAGCGAGGCAAUGGCUUGAUUAAAACCCUGGAAGCGAAGGUUCAAGACCUGGGCCAGCCUUCACUCCGAGAAUCAUCUGUGCCAGCUCUGAUGCAGGCCCUGAAAGACUGCAAUGUGAAUACAAUGUGGAUUCAGGAAGAGCCCGAGCUGGAAAACUGGGAAACCAAACCUGAGCAAGUCGAUGAGCUUAUGAUUGGAGAUACGGAGUAUGAGUCCGUCAUUUGGCGCAAUGGCAUCGAGCUCUUCGAUGGUGAAACUAUCGCUGCCGCAUUUGGACGUGACGAGCAAUGGGGCACCAGGCUCCGCAAGUUGUACCACGUCGUGGCCGAUCGUCCUACGGCUGCAAAGCUAGGCGCCUUGGAUCUUGUGAAUGAUGCUCGCUACACGCUGCCCGUGGAGCUGAUCGCCGAUAAGCUCCAGAGGGCCAACAAAAGAGUCUACAAGUAUGUUGUUGACCAGGCUAAUCCGUGGCAACCAUCUAGCCGAUCCCACCAUGCGGUAGAUCUCCUGUUGCUCUUUGACGGCGUGGACCUGUCCUUCAACCCUGCCGCGCAAGCCGUGGGACAGGAGAUGCGGCAGCGCUGGAUUAGUUUCGUUUCGGGACAAGGACCAUGGUCUGAGGACCAUCGCUUCGCAUUUGGGCCUCUGGGCGAAUGCAAGGAGAUCAACGAGACACAGUUUGCUGCUCGACGACGAGUUGAGCACUGCAAGUUGCUCAAAGAGGCCGGCACAGGCGCUUAUCUGCCCAUUAUUGUUGCGCUGACUGCUGGGCGCAUCAGUCUGCUCAAUUAG